AUGGCUGCAACUUUGAAUGAAUCUGAAACCAGUUCGGAGAGUACUGCGCACGGCAGAGAAGACGACAACGCCGGCCAAGAGCAGUACUUGGAAAGGAGAAACCUUGUUCUGCAGUUCCUGCACUCCGACCUGAGCCUCCCCAACCUCCAGCACCACCAGAACAAAGUUGAGCUUCUAAAGAAGUGUUACUUUUACUUGGAGAUUGAGCCCAAACAGGUGAGCAUGAGAGACCAGAACCACGUGACGCAUUCCGCCGACACCUUGGAACUAAUAGACCGCUUCCAAUUGGAGAGGAUGAAGAAGGUGGGAAAAACCCAGACUGAAAUCCAGCUGUUCCUUCUAACUGAGCUGUUAGAACAGCUGGAACGAGGCCGGGAGGAGCUGAGCCGUUACGUAGAGACCUGCGAUAUGACAACUUUCCUCUCUAGCUGGGACCUGAUUGCGCAGAGAAUGUCCAAGCUCUCCAAGUCUAUGAAAAACCUCCUUUCCUUGCAAGUGCCAGGAAAGCUCUACGUCAAGCACCGUUUGGUGUCACAUGCAGGUCUUAGAGGUACCGGCCUCUCCAACAUUCGGCUUUCUCUCUCUACAAAGAGACCACUGAUUUUUGAUCGAAAAGAAUCAUUUGCACACAAGGACUGGGCCAAGCUCAAGUGGUUUACCGAAAAUCAAGAGUCACACUUUGAAGAAUAUGAACUGCACAUUAAGUUACUGACAAGUGGGAGUGAGAUAGAACCGAGACGCAGUAGGCAGCAAGUCAACUCCGACACAUGUGUAGUGCAGAACCUGAAGCCUGGCACAUCAUACGAGUUCACAAUUGGAAGACCACACACUCAAACAUUUGUCUUUGUCAAAUGGCACGACAGCAUUACACUGAAGACAAAAGAAUAA